CUUGUCUACGUUGCCCGUGGCCGCGUUCACGGUUGGCGAUAUCGGAAAGUGGGUGUUGCUUCCGUCGGGACCGCCAGCCGUCCGUCAGCCUGUGUGACCGAGGGUAUCGCGCCACGUUUAACGGAAUCGUGAGACAGCGGAGUCUCGGCGGGUCGCUCUUCGGGGAAGUCAUGCGUUGAUCUCGACUCUCGAAAGGCUAAGUCUGCCCUCUGUCAAGAUGAUAGGGGGUCUAUUCGUUUACAACCAUAAGGGGGAGGUGCUGAUCUCCCGAGUGUACCGGGAUGACAUUGGCCGCAAUGCGGUGGACGCAUUCCGCGUCAACGUCAUCCACGCCCGGCAGCAGGUACGCUCGCCUGUGACCAACAUUGCCAGAACGUCGUUUUUCCAUAUAAAGCGCGCCAACAUCUGGCUAGCCGCUGUCACCAAGCAAAAUGUUAACGCAGCUAUGGUAUUCGAGCUGCUGCUGAAGAUCAUAGACGUCAUGCAGUCAUAUUUCGGCAAGAUUUCAGAAGAGAACAUUAAGAACAACUUCGUGCUUAUUUACGAGCUGCUCGAUGAGAUACUUGACUUUGGAUAUCCGCAGAACUGUGAUACGGGAGUGCUGAAGACGUUUAUCACUCAACAAGGCGUGAAAUCGGCCACCAAGGAAGAGCAGGCUCAAAUAACAUCGCAAGUCACCGGUCAGAUCGGAUGGAGGCGAGAGGGUAUCAAGUACAGGCGCAAUGAGCUCUUCUUGGAUGUACUCGAAUAUGUGAAUCUACUAAUGAGCCCUCAGGGUCAGGUUCUCAGCGCACACGUUGCUGGAAAGGUGGUGAUGAAAUCUUAUCUGUCUGGUAUGCCGGAAUGCAAGUUUGGGAUUAACGAUAAGAUCGUGAUGGAGGCUAAGGGCAUGAAGGGCGGUGGCAGUUUGGGUGGCGGCGGUGACGAUCCCACAGGCGCUAGAUCCGGCAAACCGGUUGUCGUUAUUGAUGACUGCCAAUUCCAUCAGUGCGUUAAGCUUAGCAAAUUCGAGACCGAGCAUUCCAUUAGUUUUAUACCGCCGGAUGGUGAAUUCGAACUGAUGAGAUAUCGUACCACAAAGGAUAUAUCAUUGCCCUUCCGCGUGAUACCGUUAGUGCGCGAGGUGGGCCGAACGAAAAUGGAAGUUAAGGCGGUUCUGAAAUCAAACUUCAAGCCCUCGUUGCUGGGGCAGAAAAUAGAGGUGCGCGUGCCGACGCCGCUAAAUACCGCCGGCGUGCAGCUGAUAUGCUUGAAGGGUAAGGCGAAGUACAAGGCAUCGGAGAACGCGAUUGUGUGGAAGAUCAAGCGCAUGGCCGGCAUGAAGGAGACGCAGCUGUCCGCCGAGAUCGAUCUGCUUGAGACGGACACGAAGAAGAAAUGGACGAGGCCGCCGAUCUCGAUGAAUUUCGAGGUGCCGUUCGCGCCGUCCGGCUUCAAAGUGCGCUACUUGAAAGUUUUCGAGUCAAAGUUGAAUUACUCCGAUCACGACGUGAUAAAAUGGGUUCGUUACAUAGGGCGCAGCGGCCUGUACGAGACGCGGUGUUAAUGACUUGGAAUCUUCGUUGCGGAGGCGUAAAUAAUUGUAAAGAAGUAAUCUCAAUGCGGAAGUUAUGAUUACGAGUAUUGAUACUGGCUAUUUCUCGUUAUUAUUUCAUUGUAGCGCAUAUUCGAAGCAACGAUCUGAAAUCAUUCGGAUAGUCAAUUCCGAAUCGUGUACGAUACGUAGCGAUGGAUAAUGUAUCGAGAGAGGAAUUCCAUUGUCAGCACAAAAUUUCUGUAUAACAGCAGAAGAACUGUUUUGUUUUGUAUAUUAUAUAGCUUGCUAGCAAGGGAGUGACAUUCAUCUUCGCUUCUUAGAAGAAGAUAUUACGUUGGAAGACAAUUUUCCGAAUGCAAAAAUAAAAAUAGGUUCGAACUUGUGUUUAAGCGAAUAUCAUGAUAAUUAGUACCAGGCAGAUUAUUUCUUUUGUGCCAAUUUUUUGCGUUGUCCAUUCUUUUUUUCCAUAUCGAUUCCUAACCAUGUUACAUCACGCGAGAUGAAUGGUAUGAGAUACAAGUUAGAUUUUAUUAAUAUUUUAAAUUGAAAGAAUUGUUUAUAUAUAUAUGCACAUUUACUCAAACCAUCUAAUGAGAUUCAUAUUUUUUUGCUUCGUUACUGUGCCGAGACCAUUACAUCACGAGAUUUUAGUAUUACAUGAUUUCAAGUUAAAUAAUUGAAGCACCUCGAUUCGCCUCUGGAAUUAGUGCUGCCAUUAGGAUGAUCUAUAUUCAAGAAGUAUAUAUAUAUAUAUAUAUUUGUAGGAUUACUAUACGCGUAAUAUAUGUUUUUUUUUCCAGAGCACAGGAUGAAUUUCUGUAUUAUAUAUCUGUAUUUAUCUACAGGGUGUCCCUGAAUGGUCUGUACAAACUUUUGGAAUAAGUUUCAGGGACCUAAACAAGCAGAAAUGUCCCAUGAACAUGGGGUCGGAAACGCUUGUUUCUGGAGUUACGACAUUUCGAAGUUUCCUACAAUGGCUAGAGAAAUUAUCAAGUCAAAUCGCAUAGUUCAUGGGACAUUUCUGCUUGUUUAGGUCCCUGGGACUUAUUCCAAAAGUUUGUACAGACCAUUCAGGGACGCCCUGUAUAUAUACGCGAAUUUUAAUUAUUCAUUUCUUGCGUAAUGAUAUGUGGAGUUACGGCCUGGUAACGGAGUUUGAGCGAAACUGAACAAAUCUGUAUGCUACGGAUCAUUCGGUGUGAACGUGCGAUGCGCUCAAUGAAAUGUAGAAUGCUAUUAAUCUGUUAUCCGUGCAUGAGAAUAAGAGUAGAAAGAAGCAUUGAUCGAUUGUACGAGCGUGAUUGAUGUGGUCUCUCUAAAAGAACGCUCGAAUGCGUAAUGAAAUAUAUAUGUGUAAAAUAAAAA